AUGGAACACAAUGGAUGUAAAGCAAAGAUCAAUGCGAUAUUGGGUUCUGAAGGUGAAUUUUGCUUGACCCAUGUUGUCCUUGAGCACACUCAUCCUCUCAGUCCUGGAAAAGCAAGAUAUAUUAGAUGUCAUAAGAGAUUGGAUGAGCCAAUGAAGAGAAGAUUAGAAUACAAUGAUAUGGCCGGCAUUCAAUUGAGCAAGAACUACAAUUCUUGCAUCGUUGAGGCAGGAGGGUAUGAGAAUUUGACGUUUGGAGAAAGAGAUGCACAUAAUUACAUACGUGAGGUUAGAUUACUUCAGCUUGGGUUAGGAGGAGCCGAAGCAUUACAAAACUACUUUGCUCGUAUGCAAGCACAAAAUGAUGGUUUCUAUUAUGUCAUGGACGUUGACAAUGAAACCAAACUACGCAAUGUAUUUUGGGCGGAUGCAUGUAGUAGAGCUACAUACGAGUCAUUUGGUGAUGUUAUAACUUUCGAUACGACAUACUUGACCAAUGCAUACAAAAUGCCAUUCGCUCCUUUUGUGGGAGUUAAUCAUCAUGGUCAAUCAAUUCUUUUUGGAUGUGGUUUGAUUUCUGGGGAGGACACAGAUACGUUUGUAUGGUUAUUUGAGUCGUGGCUUAAGUGCAUGAAUGGUUGUGCUCCAGAAGCCAUUAUAACAGACCAAGAUAAAGUUAUGCAAAAUGCAAUUGGUAAGGUGUUCCCUAAAUCUCGACACCGGUUUUGUUUGUGGCAUAUAAUGAAAAAAGUUUCCGAGAAAUUUGGGUCACACAGUCAAUAUGAUGGCAUCAGAAGUCAGCUACACAGGUGUGUUUAUGACACAUUGACUCCUGAUGAAUUUGAGUGCUGUUGGCUACAAUUUCUUGAUAAUUUUGAUCUACAUGAUAAUCCUUAG